AUGGCCCCCGGAUACAAGGUCUUCUUCUCUGAACUCGACAACCCUCAGCACUACGCUGAACUUAAAGAGAGCAUCAAGGCUGGAAAAAUCACCGAUGCUAAAGAAACCGUCAGUGAACGUUCGAAGCUUUUAUACCCUGAGUACUUGGUUUCUGCCACUCCAGCUGAUUCCAAGGCUUACAACAACCAAAAAAACCCAGAUGGUGCCAAAAACGAUAAAGGUCACCUAGGCGACCCGGAGUUCAAGAGCUUGUUCAACAAGGCCCAUAAGAAAUUCGACUUGUCGCCAAACUUGGGGACUGAAAUUGACGGAAUCCAGCUCAGUGAGCUCGACGACCAGGGAAAGAACGAUUUGGCAUUGUUCCUUGAAACCAGAGGUUUGGCUAUCUUCCGUAACCAGGACUUCCGUGACAAGGGUCCUGAAUUUGCCGUGAACUUUGGCAAAUACUUUGGCCCAUUGCACAUCCAUCCUGUUGCCUACUCGACCGAGAAGCACCCCGAAUUGUUUGUGACUUUCAGAAAAGCUGGUGAUGGUUCCAGAUACAACGAGCAGUUCAGGCACACCACCAGCACCAUUGCAUGGCACUCAGAUGUUUCUUUUGAAGAAUACCCAUCGUCUUUUUCCAUCUUUGUUGCUUUGGAAGCCCCAGAGAGCGGUGGUGAUACUCUUUUCCUUGAUGGAAGAGAAGCCUACAAGCGUUUGUCUCCACCAAUGCAAAAGUUUUUGGAGGGUCUCACGGUGAUCCAUUCCAACUAUGGUCAGAACAAGUUUGCUGCUCUUCGUAACCAGGUGGCCAGAAUCAAGGCCGACUAUUUCACAGAACAUCCAUUAGUGAGAACCCACCCAGUGACUGGUGAAAAGAGUUUGUUCUUCUCCAGAAUUUUUGUUCAGAAAGUCAAGGGCUUGAAGCAGACUGAGUCUGACGCCAUCCUCAACUUCCUCGAGGACCAUGUCAACAACAACCCAGAGAUUCAGGUCAGAGCUGCCCACAAGGGUACUGACUCCCGGUCUGUGAUUUUGUGGGACAACAGAAUCUUGAUGCACUCUCACUGUAACGAUUUCUUGCAGCACGAGACUACUGCUAGACACCAUUUCAGAGUCACCUGUAUUGGAGAGAAGCCCUACUUGGACAACUCUGAGAGCUCCAGCACUCCCCCUCAUUUGAAGCCCAGACACUACGAUGUGUCUGUGUUUGACCUCGACUUGGAAUCUGACUCCUACAAUGGCGAAGUGGUAAUCGACUUGGACAUUGUGGAGGAGACGGAUGAGUUGCACUUGCAUUACCGAGACUUGGAGAUCGGCGAUAUCAAGGCUAGCGUCGGUGACCGCGUGAUUGAUGCUACCGUGUCCGACCGCUUCCCAAAAAAAGAAUAUUUUGUUAUCAAGCUUGCGGAGAAGGUGGUUCCAGAAAGCUCCACGGUCCAGGUUUCCGUUGGCUUCAAGGGUGUUAUUCAGUCUAACAUGGCUGGUAUGUACAAGUCCUCCUACAAGGACAAUGGCCAGACCAAGUACAUGAUUCUGACGCAAUUCGAAGCUACCGAUGCUAGAAGAACGUUUCCUUGUAUGGACGAGCCUGCUUUGAAGGCCACCUUCGUGGUGAACAUCACCUCUGAUAACGCCUACACCGUUUUGGGUAACACCCCUGUGGAAAAGGUCCAGGAAAAGGGUGACCAGAAAAUCACCUCUUUCCAGAAAACCCCGGUCAUGUCGACAUACCUCUUGGCCUGGGCCUUGGGUGAAUUUGAGUUCAUCGAGGGCUUCACUGAAGAGAAGUACUACAACGACAAGCCAUUGCCUGUGAGAAUCUACACCACGAACGGCUACUCAAAGGACGCUGAAUUUGCUCUUUCUUUGGCCCCAAAAAUUGUGGAUUACUUCUCGAAAAUCUUCGAACACAAGUACCCUUUGCCCAAGUUGGACCUUUUGGCAGUGCAUGCUUUCUCGCAUAACGCCAUGGAGAACUGGGGUUUGAUCACUUACAGAUCUACUGCUCUUUUGUACAACCCUUCUACUUCUGAUCCGGAAUACAAGCAGAAGGUGGCCUACGUUGUGGCUCACGAAAUUGCUCACCAGUGGUUCGGUAACUUGGUGACUAUGCAAUGGUGGGACGAGCUUUGGCUUAACGAAGGUUUUGCUACCUGGGUGGGCUACGCUGCUGUUGACUAUUUGUUCCCUGAAUGGGAUAUCUUCAGUGCUUUUGUCUCUACCUCGUUGCAGACUGCUCUUAAGUUGGACGGUUUGAGAAACUCUCACCCCAUUAAGGUUCCGGUGGUCAAUGCCUCUGAAAUUGACCAGCUUUUUGACCAAAUUUCCUACUUGAAGGGUGCAUCCACGAUUCUUAUGCUUUCAGCAUAUUUGGGAACUGGUACUUUCCUCAAGGGUGUUGCCCACUAUUUGAACGUCAACAAGUACGGAAAUGCCACCUCGCUAGCUCUUUGGAAAUCUCUCUCCGAAACCUCUGGCCAACCGGUUGGUGAAAUGAUGGAGUCCUGGAUCACCAAGAUUGGUUUCCCUGUGAUCCAAGUUACUCAUGAAAAUGGAGACCUCGUCCUCAAACAGACUAGAUUCUUGAACGGAGGCGGCGUGAAGCCCGAGGACGACGAGACCAUCUGGUGGGUGCCACUCAACGCUGAUGGCGACAACGUGGAGCUGUUGGGCCGGGACUCUAUCGACCAAAAAGAAACUACAGUCAAGAACUUCAACUUGGACGGCUUUUUCAAGCUCAAUCAGGAUUCGCAGACAGUAGUGAGAGUGGACUAUUCGCAAGAAAUUCUUUCGAAUCACAUUUUGCCUUACUUCAAGAAAUUCUCCUCCAAGGACAAGGUGGGUGUUAUUGCUGACGUUGCCUCGAUCGCCAUUUCAGGUGACGAGAAGACAGACACCAUUACGUUCCUCAACCUCGUGAAGUCUAUCGUUCUUGACGAAGACUUGAUCGGAGAGCUGUACGUUGCCUGGUUGGAGCUUUGUUCCCGCUUGUCUGCUUUGAAGACGACCUUCAGCGGUGAGGACAAGGACCUCAGCGAAAGAAUCACUCAUUUCAUCCGCCUGGUCUACUCGAAGUUGGCUAUCAAGUUGCUCAGCGAGGAAGUUGAUGCCAAUGACGUCCUCAAGACUAAACUCAAGGCGCACAUCUUGAACAGUGCUGCAACCUACCAAGUUCCUGAGGUGAAGCAGCUAGCGCACUCGUAUUUCGGAAGCUGGAAACAGUCUAAGACCAUUGAUCCCGCUUUGAGAUACUUCACCUUCUCUUCUGUCCUCUCGUCGCCGGACGUUACUGAAGACGAUGUGAAGGUGGUUUUGGACGAGGUGAUUAACCCAUCCGCUUUGGAUUCUAGAGAAGUUGCCUUGAGUGCGUUGGGUAACAUCUCCAGCAAGGAGCUUGCUAAGAAGAUUAUUGCCACGCUUAUCGACAUUAAUGUUGUGCCUGUUAUGGACGCCCACUUUUUGGCUGGCAACCUUUCCAAGAACACUGCUGUGAGAGACAUUUUGUGGGACUUCAUCAAGGACAACUACAACACGAUCUACAAGUUGAUGUCCACGAACAUGGUUGUGUUGGACCGUUUCAUUCGUUUCACGUUAGGCAACUACCAGCUGGAAGCCAUGGCAGAAGACGUCGAGAACUUCUUCAAGGACAAGGACGUCAACGGAUUCGAGAGAUCCUUGUCGCAGGUGUUGGACUACAUCAGGAUCAACGCCGCCUGGUUCAAGAAAGACCAAGAUCGUGUCAAGCAGUGGUUGACCGAACACGACUUCUAA